AUGUCCUCGAACACGAGUACGGUUUCUGUAGCUGUCGACCCUGUGGCCCUCAUCACUACAGAAUGUAUUACCGUUACUUCUGCUAUGCGAAAGCAUGCCCGUUGGGCGCAUUCAUCUGUUUCCUCUAUAUUGGGCGGUAGCUCAAGUCCGUUAAGCUCAGGGUUUCAAACUUCAAGACCUUCCACACCACGAGAUGAAAUUGGAUCUCGCAGAGUACCAAAGGGUUCGGCAGCUUCAGAGGGAAAUGAUGAUGCUGGUUUGGCAAACAGAUGGGGCUUAAGGGGAAAGAAAGGGAAGAGCAUGCAAGAUAAUCCUCUGAUGGCUGGAUUUGGGCGCCUUAGACGGGAAUUGACUGGAUGCAAAGAUAUACACACAUUCGAUACCCCAUCUUUACUUCAUCCUUUCCUCCAAGUCAUUGAAGCUCCAGCAACCACUGCGCCGAUCACAUCUUUGGCCCUAGUUGCCAUCACAAAGUUCUUCUCGUACAAUUUAAUUAGUCCAAGCUCCCCUCGACUUUCGCAAGCAAUGCAGUCUUUAUCUGCCGCAAUGACACACUGUCGAUUCGAAGCUAGCGAUACAGUGGCUGAUGAGGUGGUUUUCCUACGGAUAUUAAAACUCAUGGAAGGAAUGUUAUCUGGCCCCGGUGGAGAUUUACUAAGUGACGGGAGUGUUUGCGAAAUGAUGGAGACGGGCUUAAGCAUGUGUUGUCAACCGAAGCUAUCGGAAUUAGUGCGUCGAUCUGCCGAAAUGUCUAUGGUCAAGAUGUGUCAGAUCAUAUUCGAGAGACUGAAGCAUUUAGAAAUUGAGGCUGGGGAUAAUCUGGGAGCUUUAGACGAGAAGACAAAGGGAGAUAUGGACACUGUUAAAAUGGCCCCUUCAGCAGCUGGUACAGAUGCUAUCACGAAAUUGACCGCACCUGCUGUUGAACCACGGCCAUCUACGUCAAGCUUUGACACAUCACGCCCAGCAUCUGUUAUGGAAAAGCUACCUCUGAUAGAAACUACAUCCGAGGGAGGGACUGCGGCUCCGGCUUCAGAAGCUUCAGAUGACUCCCCAAGCAAGCCCUAUUCUCUUCCGUCUAUAUGUGAGCUAUUUCGGGCUUUGAUAGACUUACUAGAUCCUCAUGAUCGCAAACACGCCGAUGCUCUCAGAGUUAUGGCUCUUCGUAUAAUAAAUGUAGCUCUUGAGGUAGCUGGUCCCUCCAUUUCGAAGCAUCCAGCCUUAGCGAUUCUUGCGGAAGAUCGUCUAUGUCGAUAUCUAUUCCAAUUAGUUCGAUCCGACAACAUGGCUAUCUUACAGGAGUCUCUCAUUGUUGCUGGUACUCUCCUCGCGACUUGUAGAGAAGUAUUGAAGUUGCAGCAAGAGCUCUUUCUUUCUUAUCUGGUUGCAUGCUUGCAUCCUCGUGUAGAGAUUCCUCGAGAAAAAGGAAUCGAUCCCUCUCUUUAUGCAGGGGUACCACAAGCUCCAAAAUUGGUGAAACCUCCACCAUCACAAGCUAGCAGUGGCCGUUCCACUCCCGUGCCUGUAAAAGAUCGCCGAACAUUAGGAUUAGAAGGUGGAUCGCGCAAGCCGGAUGCACGUGAAGCAAUGGUGGAAAGUGUUGGAGCUCUUGCGCGACUACCGAGCUAUAUGGUUGAGCUUUAUGUUAAUUAUGAUUGCGAGGUCGACCGAAGUGAUAUCUGUGAGGAUAUGGUUGGACUCCUGUCUCGUAAUGCGAUACCGGACUCGGCGACUUGGAGCACGACAAGUGUCCCACCGCUCUGUCUCGAUGCUCUUUUAGGUUACGUUCAGUUCAUUGCGGAUAGACUUAAUGAUGAGCCAAAACGUGAUGGCGUUCCUGAUCAAGUAACACUGCGUGAGCAGAAGCGACGAAAGAAGAUCAUCAUUCAAGGAACUAUGAAGUUCAAUGAGAAUCCAAAAGCUGGGAUUGCAUUUUUGGCAUCACAAGGUAUCAUAGAUGAUCCUAAAGAUGCAAAGGCCGUCGCAAAAUUCCUAAAGGGCACUUCUCGGAUCGACAAAAAGCAAUUAGGAGAAUUCAUAUCAAAGAGGGGAAAUGAAGCCAUUUUGGAGGCUUUAAUGGACUCGUUUGAUUUUAAGAACAAAAGAGUCGAUGAGGCGUUACGUGAACUCCUUGAGACCUUCAGAUUACCGGGAGAGUCCGCUUUAAUUGAACGAAUUGUCACUACUUUUGCCGAGAACUAUUGUUCAGGUACUUUACCUGAAGGCAUCGCAGAUAAAGAUUCUGUAUAUGUUUUGACCUAUGCUAUUAUCAUGUUGAAUACGGAUCAGCAUAAUCCGAACAUGAAGGGUAAACGCAUGGAGCUCGAAAACUUUGCAAGAAAUUUACGCGGAGUCAAUGGUGGGAAGGACUUUGCUCCACAAUAUCUUCAAGACAUUUACGAAUCUAUCAAAUCGAACGAAAUCAUCUUGCCUGACGAGCAUGAUAACAAGCAUGCUUUUGACUAUGCUUGGAAGGAAUUACUACUUAAAAGCGCUUCCGCAGGUGACCUUACCAUUUGCGACACUAACAUUUUCGACGCAGACAUGUUCGCAGCUACAUGGAAACCUGUAGUUGCCACAUUAUCAUAUGUCUUUAUGUCAGCUAGUGACGAUGCCGUGUUUGAAAGAGUUAUUACGGGAUUCGAUCAAUGUGUUCGUAUCGCAGCGAAAUAUGGUCUAACUGAGGUUAUCGACCAAGUCGUUUAUUGUUUGAGUUACAUCACUACUCUUGCAACAGAAGUUCCAUCCAGUACUGCACUCAAUACUGAGAUACAGGUUGGGGAUAAUAGUGUCAUGGUUAGUGAACUUGCGGUUAAGUUUGGUAGAGAUGUCAAGGCUCAACUCGCUACUGUUGUUCUUUUCCGCGUUGUGUUAGGUAGUGAAAACGUGAUAGGGGAAAGUUGGAAGCAUAUUUCUAGGAUUUGGUUGAAUUUAUUUGUUAAUUCUUUGAUACCCCCUUUCUUUGCUACAUCAAAUAGCAUGGAUAUCGCCCCGAUCCCAUUACAAACUCCCUCACAAGUUAUUGAUCGUGGGACAAAACCUAGCGACACUGGUCUAUUCUCCGCUUUUACAUCAUACAUCUCUAGCUAUGCUGCGGAUGAUCCUCCAGAGCCAUCAGACGAAGAGCUCGAAAGUACCUUAUGCACAGUCGAUUGUGUCAAUGCUUGCUUCAUGGGCGACGUCUUUGCCAAUGUAGUGAACAUGCCUGUUGAUUCCUUACGACCUCUAAUACAGGCAUUAAUAUCUCAAUUGCCAGAUGACCCUUCAUCGGUCGUUAUAAGUGUGAAAUCAGAAGUAGAUCCCCCGUCAAGUCCUAUAAACGGCAUUAAUGGUGCAUCUUCCGGUCCUGUGUAUGAUCCUUCAAUGGUUUAUAUAUUAGAGUUAUGCACUGUACUCGCAAUUCGAGACAAGGAAACUAUCGAUGCAUUUGGAGCAGAUGUUGCUGAGGCUUUGCAAAAUGUCAUAAGGAAUUCUGCUAGCUGGCAUACUUUGAUGGUAUCUAGAACGAUAUUCUACCUACUUCACCUUCUACACGCAAGCUAUGAACAACCAUAUAUCCGUGUCCCCGUGGUACUUCACGCCAUCUCAAGUUUCAAAAAGGAUUUAUUCGAAAAAUCUGCUACACUUGUCCUUCAAGGUUUAACUCAAUGCAUAAAAGAGCCCGGUCCUUUACGAAAUGAAAUCAUGACUUCUCCUGAUUUCUGGGUAAUUCUAAAAAAUCUCGCAACCAGUCCUUCUUCCGCAUCUGCUGUGUUUGAAAUACUCGAAGGAGUUGCUAUUGGUUCACCUCCAACAAUAAUGGCCGAUAAUUAUGAAUCAGCUGUGAAGUUACUCAACGAUUUUGCUACCGCUGGGAGUGUAGGUUCUACUGUGGAGCAAAAACAGGAUAAACGUAUACGAAGAGGACAACAAGUCAAACAGCCAAAGCCACCGGUGGUUGAUGCGCUUGUGGCUAGAGGAGUCAAGGCAGUUGCAAUGAUAUUUUCUUUGACAUCUCGAAUCCCAGUUUUGAUGGAACAAUCACAUCUUGAGAGCAAAAAGGCUUGGGCAGCUUAUUGGUCACCAAUAUUCAUUGCUCUGACGACACAAUGUACCAACCCUUGUCGUGAAAUUCGUCAUGAAGCAUUCUCCUCACUACAACGUUCCUUACUAUCACCAGAAUUAACAUCAGGCGAUCAUGAAGAAUGGACCGCUAUAUUCGAUGAGGUUCUUUUUCCUCUAAUAACUCGAUUAUUAAAGCCUGAAGUCUACUCAUCGGAUCCUAUCGGUAUGAGUGAAACUCGUGUACAAGCUGCUACACUUCUUUGUAGGAUUUUCCUACACUAUUUGGUUCUGUUAUCGAAAUGGGACGGCAUGUUAGAUCUUUGGCUUAAGAUCCUAGAUAUCAUGGAUCGUUUGAUGAAUAGUGGGCAGGGUGAUAGUUUGGAAGAAGCAGUACCAGAAAGUUUGAAGAAUGUUCUGUUGGUAAUGUCCAGUAGUGGGUAUUUAGUACCUCGCAGUCAAGACGAGACUCAAGAGAAAUUAUGGACGGAAACAUGGAAGAGAAUUGAUAGAUUUUUGCCGGAUUUGAGAAAGGAAAUUGAUUUGGACGGGCCAGUUGAGGAAAAUGUAAAGGGGAAGGAAAAUGAAGAGUUGUCGACGAAUGUUAAAAGUGACGCUGAAGCAGGAGUUGAACAGGGUAAAACCGAGGUUAAAGUUUAA